AUGCAAAAAGUAAAAUAUGAAAAAUUAAAAAAAAAAAUGAAAAUUUUGUGUAUAUUUCUUUCUUGUUUAAUAACUAUUUCUAUAAUUAAAAAUCAAAAUAUAAAUAGGGAUAGUAAAAUAAAUGAAGUUCAAAAGAACAUAAUAAAUCCUGAAACGAACAAAGAAGGAAAAAAUGAAAAAAAAAAAAUAAUAAAUGUGAAUGAAAAUAAAGAUGAUACAAAUGUAAAAAAUGAAGAGAAAUAUAAAAAUGAAGGUGAGUUAAGUAAUUCUUUUGAUAGGAGAUAUACAAUUGAUGAAAAUAAUGUAGAUUCUACUGAUGACAAUAAGACAAAAAUAGAACCAUUUAUUUCUAUUGAUGAAAAAAUUGAGGAAAUGAAGAAAGAAAGUUUAAAUUCAAAUAUUAGUGAUGAUAUUACACAUUUUAUUGAAAAUUCCCAAAAUAUGGAAAAUAAUGACUUUGAUAAUUCUAAAGAAACGAAAGAACAUUUAGAUGAAAUUUCAUCAGGAGAUAAUGAAAAUCAUAUGAAUGAUAUGCUAUUGAAAAGUGAAUACGGGGAAAAAUUAUAUUAUGAUAAUAAUACAGCGAAAAAUAUUUAUAAAAAUGAAGAAAUUCAAGAUAAUAAAGACAUGUUAAAUUUCGAAAAAAAACUAAAUAGUAUGGAAAUUGAAGAAGAAUAUGAAAAUAAAAGUGAAAGUGAGAAUGAAAAUACAAAUAAGAAAGAUAAAGUAAACCAUAUCAAAACUAUAAAUAAAAAGGGUAAAAAGAAUAAAGCAAAAAGGAAAAAAGAAAAAGAAAAUUCUGAUAAUGAAGAGAAUGAGUUAAAAUAUAAUAUGAAAAAUGACAAUAUAACAAAUAAUAAUAGUAAUAAUGAUAAUAAUAAAGAUGAAAAAAAUCAAAAAAUCAAAAUGGAUAAUGAUUUCAAUAAAAAUUACGAAAAAUUAAAAUUAAGCAAGCCAGAAUUCAUAGGAACCUUUUUUGAGUUUUUAGGAGAAAUAAUUUUAAUAAUAAAAAUAGGAAUAAUUUAUAGGUAUACGCAUUUUGUAAUUCCAUUAAAAAAUAUAAUUAUAUAUAAUGUACUAACUCACAUGGAAGAGUUCUUUUUAACUAUUUUAUCAAUACAUAAAAAAAGUAGUGAAAAAUAUAAAGAUAUUUAUGGAAUUGUACUAAUAUGUUUUUUUAUAUACUUUUUAAAGGUUUUAGUAAGUAAAUGCUUUUUUAAUAGAAAUAAAAAUACUGUUGAUACAUUUAAGAAUGGAUCGAGUGAAAAUGCAUAUAUUGAAAAUUUAUUGAAAAGAAUAUUAUUUAAUUUAGAAAAAAAGAAAAAUAUAUCUAAUUAUGAAAAUAUAUUGAAUGAUAUAUUAGAAAACACAGAUAAUAUUUUAGUAAAUAUUAAUAUAAUAAAUAAAGAAAAUAAAAAUAUAUACACAGAUAUGAUAUCAAAUAUUAAUAAUAUAGGUAUUUUUACAUAUAUUUCUACUCAAGCUUUAAAAAAAAUUAACUCAAAAUCAGAUUUAAUUAUAAGUGAAUUAACUACUAAUAGAUUGAUUGAUGAUGAAAUAAAAAUGGAUAAAUUGAAAAGUAAUAUACUAAAUGAAUACGAUGAUAAUGAAGUAAAUAAAAUGAAAGAUAAUUUCUUAAAUGAAUUUAAUGAAAAUGAUAUAAAUAAAUUAAGAUGCGAUGUAAUAAAUAAUGAAUUUGAUGAAAAUGGAAUUCAUGAUUUCUUAAAAAAAUCAGGUGAUUAUGAGUAUGAUGAUAGUAUAAAUAAAUGUAUUAAUAAUGAUAUAAACAAUAAAAACGUAUUUUAUUUUAAAAACUCUAUUAAUGCAUUAAAUGAUAAUAAGAAAGUUAAUUUAAAUAAUAUAGAAGAUACAAGGAAAAGUGAAUAUGAUAAUUUUAAUAAUAAUUAUUUAAGAGAUGACACUAAUAAUAAAAAUGACAAUUUGAUUAGAGAAAAUUCAGAUACACUCAAUGUAAAUGAGAGUAUUGAUAAUAAAAAUAACAUAAAUAGCUAUCCAUUAAAUGAAUACAAAGAUGAAGAAAAAACUGGUAUUUUAUUUAGUAAAGAUUUAAAUAUAAAUGAAAAGGAGUUAGUAAAUAAAAAAAAUUCUAUAAUGAAUAAAAAUAUAAAUGUAAAUAAUAAUGUAAAUUCCUUAAAUAAUAUAAACGAAUUAAAUAAUAAUUUUAAUAACAUAAAUAAUGUUUAUAACUUUAAUUCUAAUGUAAAUAACGUAGUUCAUACAAAAGAAACACACAAUUACGAAAAUGAUUUGAUAACUCAUCAAGACAAUUUACAAUCAUUAAAUGUAAAUUGUAAUACUGCUGAAAAAAAUAUUGAUGAUAAUACCAUUGACAAAAUUAAGAUAAAUCCCACAAAUCCUAUAUUAGAGGAAAAUGCUAAAAAUAAGAAUGAAGAAGAAUUGAAUAUAAAUAAAAAUUUAAUGAAUAACUAUGCAAAUAAGAAUGAACAAAUAAAAUCAAGUGAUGACUUAAUAAAUAAUACAAAUGCUCAAUUUUUUGAUUCAUUUAAUAAAAAAAAUUCUAAUUUAACUAGUGAUAAUUUUAUUAGUAAACAAGAUUACAUGCCUAAUUAUGUUCAACCCCCAUAUUCAUAUGUACAACCUUCAUAUCAAGUAUUAGAAAAUUCAGCUAAUAGAAAUCAGAAAUAUAUUACACAAAGAAAAGAACGACAAAAAAUUGUUGCAACAAAAUCUCCCUUUAAAAAUAUUCCAUAA